CGGUUCUGGUACCAGGGUCGUCAGUCCUGAUGCUGGACUCUGGGACCAUGAAGGACUCGUGUCGGAUCUGUGCUCGUGAACUCUGUGGGAACCAGCGCAGAUGGAUCUUCCACCCGACGUCCAAGCUGAACCUGCAGGUUCUGCUGUCCCAUGCCCUGGGCCGGGAGCUGACCCGGGACGGCCGCGGCGAGUUCGCCUGCUCCAAAUGCGCCUUCAUGCUGGACCGGAUGUACCGCUUCGACACGGUGAUUGCCCGGGUGGAGGCGCUGAGUCUGGAGCGGCUCCACAAGCUGCUGCUGGAGAAGGACCGCCUCCGCCAGUGCAUCGGUGGGCUGUACCGGAAGAACAACGCAGAGGACGGCGCCGCCCCCCUGGUGGGCGUGGUGGUGACGGAGGCAGAGUCAGAAGACUCUCAUGUGGUGGAUCUGUCUGCGCUGCAGGACGUCCGCUACUCGGACAUGGUCCAGGACGAUCUGGCGUACUCUGUGUACGAGUCGUGGGCAGAUAAGGAGGACCCGGCUCUGGACCAGAACCUCCACCUGCAGACCUGCCCUGGACCGGACCCCCUGUCUGGACACAAACCGCGGCGCUGCAGGGGCUGCGCGGCGCUCCGGGUGGCGGACUCAGACUACGAGGCCGUGUGUAAAGUUCCCCGUAGCGUCGGGAGGCGGAGCACGUCCUGCGGCCCGUCCACCCGGUACUCGGGCGGUCCUUCAGGGUCCGAGGCGGCCCCCGUCACCUGUGAGACCGAUAAGACCCUGUGCGACUUGAACCCCAGUCCGUCGUCGUCCGUGGAGUCUCUGGACACGGCCGUGGACGUGGGCUGCCUCAAGGACCGGGACGACCCAGGACCGGACCGAGGCCCAGAGGAGGCUCUGGGGCCAGGGGGUGUGGCCUGGAGCGACGCCCCAGCGGAGGGCUCCGUGUCUGGGCUGGGCCUGCUGCUGGGCCUGCUGCGGGGCUGGGACUACCAGCCUGUCAAACCGCACCGGGGCAGCAGGCUCCCGGUCCUGAUCAAAGCCAGACUGGACCCGGGUCUCACUCUGCCGCUGAGGCCUCCGAUGGGGGGGGGCGCAGACCGGGACCCGGACCCCCUCCGGGCCACGCCAGAGGUCGUGACCCCGUGUCCUCUGCAGGAGCUGGUGGACAUGGAGGAGCAGUGGACGGACGAGUACGUCCAGUGUGGACCGUUUCGGUUCCAGCAGCGGGUUGUAGAUGAACAGCAGAGUCGACUCAGUCGCUACGAAGACGCCGCCGCUCAGUGUGUGAACGAACUGAACCAGGCCCAGAACCAGGUCCGCUCGCUCCAGAACAAGAUCCGACUGAGCGAGACCCGGAACCAGAAGCUUCAGGAACGUCUGGGUGAGAUGGAGCUGGAACUCAGAUCAGCUCGAGAAGAAGCUCAACAACAAGAAAGAAACCUCCAGAACAUCAGCGACACCAUGAGGUCCAAAGAGGACGAGGCUGCAGAACUCUACAGGGUCAUUGAAGAACAGAACAGGAUGUUGUGUUCUCUCAGAGAACUGACCAAUCGCAGCCAAAUGCAGCAGCUCCAGGUCUCCGGGUCAGAGAGUCUUCGGGGUCAGGGUGAGGUCCUGGCCCUGCAGGCCUCUCUGUUCCAGGCCCAGCUGGAUCUGCAGGCGGGUCAGCGGGCCCAGAGACAGGCCUCCAGGACCCAGGAGGACCUGAACCGAGCCCUGCAGAGACUGGAGAAAGACCUGCAGGGGGCGCUGCAGCACCGCAGGGAGACCCAGAGACACAACCAGGAGCUGCAGAUGGCAUUGGAAAAGGCACGUUCAGAUCUGCAAGAGAGAGAGGAGCAGCUGAACGAGGCUGAGCGAGAGAGGAAGAGAGAGGAAGAGGAGAGAGAGACGAAGAUCAGAGAAAUGAAGACCAGUUUGGACCAAAAAGACCAGCUGAUCCAGGAGUACACUGAGCUGAUGGACGAACCCAAGGACAAGAGGGACGGACUACUGGUCAAACUAAGACAGAGGAUCAAGGACCGGGACCGGGCCCUGGAGAGAGCCGUGGAUGAGAAGUUCCGCUGUGUGGAGGAAAAGGACGAGCAGAUCCGUCAGCUUCAGCUUCUGCUCAGAGAGAAGGACCGAGACGUGGAGAGGCAACGCUGUGUCCUGACCAACAACCAGGAGACCAUCAGCAGUCUGGAGGUCCUGGUCCGGGGCAAGUCUCUAGAGCUGGACCAGGUGUGUGAGGCCUGGAGGAACGUCCAACAGCAGGGAGCGGAGUCAGAGGAGCACCACCGCCGAGACCUGAGGGAGAGGGACGCCAUCAUCAGCCAACUGCAGACAGCGCUGCAUGGACGCACACAGGAGGCACAGGACCUCCGCUGUUCCCUGCUCACUCAGGUCCAAUCAUCUCCCAGAGACGUCCUGGAGGAGCUGAAGGUCCGCCUCCAACUCAAGGACCGCCUCUUCCAGGAGGUUCUGGCGGACCGGACUCGUCAGGCCCAGGAGCACCAGGACCAGGUCCAGGAUCUGCUGAGAACCAUCAGUAGCAGAGACCAGUACAUCCAGGAGUCCAGCGGUCGUCUGGGUGAGGUGAUGGAGGAGCAGACGUCCAGGCUGCAGGAGCUCCGCCGACAGCUCAGCUCGGCUCCAGGACCCGGACCCGGACCCGGACCUGGAUCCGGACCGGGCUGGACCGUGGACCUGGACCUGGACCUGCAGGCGGUUCAGGAGGAGCUGCGUCUGGCUCUGAGGAGGAACCAGGAGAACCAGGACCUGAUCAGAACUCAGACCACCAGACUGGAGUCAAUGGGGCGGAGCCUGAGGGCCAAGGAUGACAUCAUCAGGGACCUCCAGAUCCAGACCGUCAACCCCCCUGACCUCCCCCUGGUCCAGCGUCUGACCCGGGAGCUCCUGGAGCUGAAGGAGAGCCUGGCCCAGCGGUACCAGGACCAGGACCGGCCCCUGACCCGAGGUCCGGUCCUGGGCCUGGACCUGGACCGGCCCAGCGGCGGAGGAGGAGGAGGAGGAGGACGGAGCUCAGACGAUGAAGACGAGGCCGAUGAAGAUCUGAACAGUGAGUUCACCGAUGAAGACGAGGCCUCGAGGAGACGAUCGUCCGUCGACACCAAGGGUUCUGGUCCAGACGGGUUCUUGGAGGACCCGGGUCUGCUGGAGGUCAAACAGCUGGUGGAGCAGAAGAGGGCGGUGGAGAGGGAGCUGAUGGAGCUGAAGGUCCAGCUAGAGAAGACCGGCUUCCACUCACUGUCUCAGAUCAGGAACGCUCUGUUCAGCCUCCGAGACGAGAACGAACGUCUGAAGGAGCAGCUGAGUGGAGAUAAACAGAGAGGAGGAGGAGCAGAGGAGGAGGAGGAGGAGCUGGAUGUGACCAUAGAAGGAGCUGAAGAGGAGGAGGAGGAAGGCUCAGAGCUGUGGGACACCUGGGACCACGAAGACCUAGACAUGUCUGAGAGAACCCAGAUGAAGAAGACCAGGCAGAUCCAGGUCGACGCCCACUUGGAUCCACCGACCAAUCGGCCGCAGAGUAAGACCGUUCACCUGCAGAAACAGAGGGCGGAGCUUGAGGAGAGGCUGAUGGUGUCUGAGGCGACGGUGCAAGUCCAGGCUGAACAGCUGAAGGACUACAGAGACCUGCUGAUGGAGUCGGCCGUUCAACAGGACAGUAAACAGAUCCAGGUGGACCUGCAGGACCUGGGAUAUGAGACCAGUGGGCGGAGCGAGAACGAAGCGGAGCGAGAAGACACCAGCAGCCCAGAGUUCGAUGACCUGGAGAUGUGUACGUCUCUGGACUGUGGUUCUAAUUGGUGGCCCGCCAACGGAAGCUCCUCCU